GAUGCGUCCAAGCCGUUCUUCUUCGUCCAGUUGACUUGUACACAAAGCUUAAUUUGUACACCAAUUGUUAUCCAGGGAGCCCAUCUUAUUCAUCUGUUCCACUUUUUACAAGUCGACAGUGAAUAUAUUUUCACAGGUUUAAAAGAAUCCACAAUGAAUAAGGGUACUAAAAAUGAAAGGAAGAUUCUAGCCUCUACAAGAACAACAAAGAUGUUGGUAUACACUGAUGGGAACCUCUCAACAACUAAUACCAGAAAAAGAAAGACGACAUUGAACGCGAACGACAACAUUUCUUUAGACAUGCCACCAAAGCGCUCUAAAGGCAUUACUGGAAACGCUCAAUUGCCCACGGUACAAACCACUGACCAACGUAGCAAAAUUGCAGGCUCGAGGACUGGGCAACCUAAAGUACUUUCAUAUAAAGGGGUCAUCACAAAGUGUUUUCCACGUCCACACUUUGGUUGUUAUGAACUUGAUGGAAAAGUGAGACUAUAUACAGUUCAUCAGCCAUGUCCUUACAUGGGUCGUGGGAUGCGAGUAGGUGCUGAAGUAACUUUGUAUAACGUCCAUCCAGUGAAAAGCGGAAAGGAGUUCCUGGGUCUUUGCUGCUGCACGCUUAGCUCAGUUCGCGUCUCAAAAUUCUCUACAUUUUGCUCCGACUGGAAGCCCUCAGUUUUUUCAACCAGUCCUACUGCUUURCACGGUCAAAAUAUGUCUCUGCAAGAUUACGUGGAGUUGACGCAUGCGUGCGAGAAGMUUUUGGAGAAAUUUUCAAAGUUUGAAAGAACAAGCAAAUUAAUUGGGUACUCAUCAAGUCGACAGAAAAGUUUGCAAGACAAAAUUCUCAAGCAGUCGGUCAUUGAAAAGUUACUCCAAGAAUGUACAACAAAAUCUCGUUUUCCACGGCAACCAAGAAAUAUUUAUCAAGAAUUUUUCGAUCAUCCUCAUGCUUGCUGUCCUACAAGAAACGAGACCCUCGACCUACCGAUGGUCUACACCAUUGAAGAACUAAGGGGGKUGGUAUUGGWAAAGAGYAGACGAUUACCAUGGCAAUCAGGUGUUGUUGAUGURCCAAGUGGGGAAGAUGAUGAUUGGAAGUUUCGUGUUGUUGACAGCAGCUCAAUUUGCGAAAAACUG